AUGGCUCCUCCUAACGUUCUUAUGGUCGGCACUGGAGAGUACACCACCGGCUUCGUCGGCGGUGGUGCCUCCGCCUCCGACAAAAAGGUCGGCGUCGUCGGCCUGACGAUGUUCGACCUGCGACGCCGAGGCAAGGUCGGCAAGCUGAGCAUGGUGGGCGUGUCCGGGCACAAAUUCCCAGCCAUCAGACAGCACCUGCAGAAGAACAUCUCCGAAGUGUACAACGGCCUCGACGUCUCGUUCGAGUCCUUCCCCGCUGACGACCAGACUGACCCGGAGGCAUACAAGACGGCCAUCGACGCCCUCGAGCCCGGCUCCGCCAUCACCAUCUUCACCCCGGAUACGACGCACUACCCGAUCGCGCUGUACGCCAUCCAGAGGAGGAUCCACGUGCUGAUCACCAAGCCCGCCACCAAGCUGCUGUCGGAUCACCUGCACCUGCUGGAGGAGGCGCGCAAGCACGGCGUCUUCGUCUACGUCGAGCACCACAAGCGGUUCGACCCGGCGUACGCGGACGCGCGGGCCAAGGCGCGCACCCUGGGCGACUUCAACUACUUCUACAGCUACAUGAGCCAGCCGAAAUUCCAGCUAGAGACGUUCCGCGCGUGGGCGGGCAAGGACAGCGACAUCUCGUACUACCUCAACUCGCACCACGUCGACAUCUGCGAGAGCAUGGUGCCGGACUACACGCCCGUGAAGGUCACGGCGUCGGCGUCCAAGGGCACGGCCGUGGAUCUGGGCUGUGUGCCCGAGACAGAAGACACGAUCACGCUGUUGGUCGAGUGGCGCAAGAAGACGGAUCCGUCGAGGGUCGCGACGGGUGUGUAUACGGCGAGUUGGACGGCGCCGCAGAAGGCGGGCGUGCAUUCGAAUCAGUACUUUCACUACAUGGGCUCCAAAGGCGAAAUCCGCAUCAACCAGGCGAAACGGGGGUACGACCUGGCGGACGAUGACCAGGGGCAAGUCGUGUGGCUGAAUCCGUUCUACAUGCGCUACACCCCCGACGAAGAAGGCAACUUCGCCGGCCAGACCGGCUACGGCUACAUCAGCUUCGAAAAGUUCAUCGACGCCGUCACGGCCGUGAACGAGGGCCGCGUCACGCUCGACGAGCUUGAUCGGAGAGGCCUGCCGACGCUGCGUAACACCAUCGCCACGACGGCCAUCCUUCACGCGGGGCGGAUCUCGUUGGAUGAGCGGCGUCCGGUGGAGAUUGUCCAUGAGGAGGGGACUGAGAAGUGGGAGUUGAAACUGGUUUCUCUCGGUAUAGAAAGAGAGAUAUACACCCCUGACGAUUGCUCACGUUCCAGCAAAUUUUCUUUCCACAUUCAUUGUGCUAUUCCCAGAACCAACUACCUAAUAAUAACUCCUUUAGUCAAGCAAACGUACCGUAAGGCUGGAAAAACCCUAGGUACGAGGUUGGGUUGGUUGGUUCUAGGGCAUCGCUCUAGUACCUAG